UACGCGUGUACUGUGUGGUUUGGUUGCAACAUUUUAAAAUAGACAAAGCCCUAGCUUUAAAUAAAAGUAACUCUCGUCAUAAUUAGUAUACUAACAUGCUGCUACAGACAUGGUUCCACAGGGAUAAUAAAUGGUUCACUUACGAGUAUUAUCUACGUAACCUAAAUUAACGUCAAAUACAGUUGUCUUUAUGAUUGUUCGUAUUCAAAGUGAAAUAUGAGUCAAGCAUUCAAUUUGAGCCUGGAAGAAUCUUCACAUAGAUCAUCUGAUAAAGAAUCUAGUACCGGUUCUUAGAAAAUAAUCAAAGCUGACACAAAUACUGUGGACAACACGAGUUCUACGUUAGAAGAUUUCGUGACCGACAAAGGGGUCAAUGAACCAUCAGAAGCAGCUGAAAAGCAACAUGAGACAGAUGAUGGUUAUAAAAACACAAAAGUAGCUGAUAACGAGUUUAUUACAAAUAAUAUUGAGGAAGUUUUUGAAAGAACAUUAAUCGAAUAUUAUAAAGACGUAUUACAUAUAGACGAGAGCAACACAUCUCAGUCAGAUUUAGAGUCAGCAACGUACGAAUUAGAAAAAUUCGAAAGAAAUGAUAUGAUUAUUUUCAACCAUGAAAACUUUAUGAGCGAACGGAAAAGACGAGGUGCAUCUCUAGAUGUAGCAGCAUUAGAACAUACUUUCAAGCAAUAUAGAUUUCAUGUGACUACUUAUAACGAUCUAACAGAGAAUAAUUUGUUUGCUGAACUAAAAAAAUUUAGUAGAAGGGACUUCAGUGGCAGCGGCUGUAUAUGCGUGGCGAUCCUGACUCACGGGCAAGACAACGGCUAUUUGAGAGCAUAUGACACGCGUUACUGGGAGCGAGACGUCAUCGGCUGCUUCGACGCUCGUUCAAAUCCGACCUUAGUGGCAAAACCAAUAAUAUUCUUAAUUCAGGCUUGUCGAGGCCACCAGCCAGCUGCGGUUGUGGAAGGUGUACCUAAACCUGUCCGAACUGUCGAACUAGAUGCAAUAGUACGGUUAGACAAAUAUCGCAGGCCCAUGGACUCAGAUAUAAUCAUGUUUCAUAGCUCUUUCUUCGGACGAGCGUCUAUCAGGGUGGUCGAAGAGGGCACGUGGUUCAUACAAACGCUUUGCGAACAAAUCAGACUGCACGCCGCCAGACCACUUCGAGAAGCUGUGCAGAAGAGUUCGAAGCAUCGUCGCUCAAAAGGAAUAUGAAGGGGCAAAGCAAAUGCCGGUAGUUACCUCAACAUUACUCAAGAAGUUAUAUUUUAAGAAGACACCGCCUACUAACUGUACUGUGAUGUG